AUUCUCGCAGGUAAACGUUUGGCAACCCCCUGCCGCUGAUCUGCACGCCCCUGGGGGGGGGGGGGUGCUCAGAACGCCAAGAGCUUUGAAGAUGCCCUCUUACUUUUUCUUUACAUUGUGAGCUCCUGCUCACGGAUGACCCCCCAUCAAUACCUGUAUCAUAUUUUUCCAGUGAGACAGCAAUGGCGUGCCAGCGUUACAUUGGAGAAAGGGUAACGUAUCUGAGCGUAGGAAGACUCUAGAUCACUUUAUAUAUUGACGUAAUAGACGCAUCGUUAAUGUGUAUACACCAAACCUAUCCCAGGCAGCAUAGCCCCCGCUCCAGCAUCUUUCCCCUCGCCCUUCUUCUCCACUCUUGACUGUCACAGCAGGAGUCAGAAGGUGCCCUCCUUAGUAUCAGCUAGCAGGAGAACAUCCCAAGGCACGUUCGUUCCUGUCCCGGGUCAGCUUAGGUAUGAACUCGAAUCUCAGUCUUCUUCAAGAGUAUGACCUGGUGUCUGCCUAUGAGGUGGACCACAAGGGGGAUUAUGUAUCCCAUGACAUCAUGCACCACCAGCGGCAACGGCGGAGGCGGAGAGCGGUGGCCCAGCCAGGAGGAGAUGCCCUGCACCUGCGCCUGAAGGGCCCCAGGCAUGACCUCCAUCUAGACCUGAAAGCUGCCAGCAACUUAGUGGCUCCUGGAUUCAUGGUACAAACUCUGGGGAAGGGGGGCACCACAUCUGUGCAGAUGUUUCCACCGGAGGAGUUCUGCUUCUAUCAAGGCUCCCUGAGGUCACAGGGCAACUCCUCAGUGGCCCUUUCUACCUGCCAAGGUUUGUUAGGCAUGAUAAGAACAAAGGAUACUGAUUACUUUUUAAAGCCACUUCCUCCACACCUAACAGACAAAGCCACCAGGUCCGCACAGGCUGGCUCUCCCUCCCACGUACUGUACAAAAGAUCCACAGAGCCCCAGGCUCUCAGAGAAAAUGAAGUCCUGAUGGUCACCAGGAAGCGAGAUCUGUCGAGACCUCACCUUCACCGUGGCAACUUCCAUCUUGACCUCCCACGGAAGCAGCAUUUCUGUGGUAGACGCAAGAAAUACAUGCCCCAGCCUCCCAAGGAUGACCUCUAUAUCUUGCCUGAUGAGUACAAGCCUACCUCCCGCCACAAGCGCUCCCUCCUGAAAUCCCACAGAAAUGAAGAGCUGAAUGUGGAGACGCUGGUGGUGGUUGACAGAAAGAUGAUGCAGAACCAUGGCCAUGGGAACAUUACCACCUACGUCCUCACUGUACUCAACAUGGUGUCUGCUUUAUUCAAGGAUGGAACAAUUGGAGGAAACAUCAAUAUAGCCAUUGUAGGGCUCAUUCUGCUAGAAGAUGAGCAGCCAGGGCUGGUGAUUAGUCACCAUGCGGACCACACUUUAAGCAGUUUCUGCCACUGGCAAUCUGGACUGAUGGGGAAAGAUGGAACUCGCCAUGACCAUGCCAUCUUACUGACUGGACUGGACAUAUGUUCCUGGAAAAAUGAACCCUGUGACACAUUGGGGUUCGCACCCAUAAACGGGAUGUGCAGUAAGUACCGAAGCUGCACAAUCAAUGAAGACUCAGGACUUGGACUGGCCUUCACCAUUGCGCAUGAGUCUGGACACAACUUUGGUAUGGUCCAUGAUGGAGAAGGGAAUAUGUGCAAAAAGUCUGAGGGCAACAUAAUGUCCCCAACACUGGCAGGACGCAAUGGCGUCUUCUCCUGGUCCUCCUGCAGCCGUCAGUACCUGCACAAGUUUCUAAGCACUGCCCAAGCGAUAUGCCUUGCUGAUCAGCCGAAGCCUGUGAAAGAGUACAAAUACCCUGAGAAGCUGCCGGGACAGUUGUACGAUGCGAACACACAGUGCAAGUGGCAAUUUGGAGAGAAAGCCAAGCUCUGCAUGCUGGACUUCAGGAAGGAUAUCUGUAAGGCCUUGUGGUGCCAUCGGAUUGGAAGGAAAUGUGAAACUAAGUUCAUGCCAGCUGCAGAGGGUACCCAGUGUGGGCAGGACAUGUGGUGUCGUGGAGGACAGUGUGUGAAGUAUGGUGAUGAGGGCCCCAAGCCUACCCAUGGCCAUUGGUCAGAUUGGUCCCCCUGGUCCCCCUGCUCCCGGACCUGUGGGGGAGGAGUAUCUCACAGAGACCGUCUCUGUACCAAUCCCAGACCGUCUCAUGGAGGGAAGUUCUGCCAAGGCUCCACACGCAUGCUGAAGCUUUGCAACAGUCAGAAAUGCCCCCUGAACAGUGUAGACUUCCGUGCUGCCCAGUGUGCCGAGUACAACAGCAAGCAUUUCCGAGGGUGGCUGUACAAGUGGAAGCCUUACACCCAAGUGGAAGAUCAGGACUUAUGCAAACUCUACUGUAUCGCAGAAGGAUUUGAUUUCUUCUUUUCUUUGUCAAAUAAAGUGAAAGAUGGGACUCCAUGCUCGGAGGAUAGCCGUAAUGUUUGUAUAGAUGGGAUAUGUGAGAAAGUUGGCUGUGACAAUGUCCUUGGGUCGGAUGCUGCCGAGGACUCCUGUGGGGUCUGCAAGGGGAAUAACUCAGACUGCAUAAUGCACAGGGGACUCUACAGUAAACACCACCGUACCAACCAAUACUACCAAGUAGUAACCAUUCCUUCUGGAGCUCGGAGUAUUCACAUCUAUGAAACGAACAUAUCUACCUCCUACAUUUCUGUGCGCAAUUCUCUCAAGAGAUAUUACCUGAAUGGACACUGGAGUGUGGAUUGGCCUGGACGAUACAAGUUUUCAGGUACCGCCUUCAACUACAGACGGUCCUACAAGGAGCCUGAGAGCUUAACCUCCACUGGACCAACCAACGAAACACUGAUUGUGGAGCUUUUGUUCCAGGGCAGGAACCCUGGUGUGGCCUGGGAAUUCUCACUGCCAAGGUCAAGUGAUAAGAAGACCCCAGCUGCCCACCAUAGCUACACAUGGGCCAUCGUACACUCAGAGUGCUCUGUUUCCUGUGGAGGGGGCAAGAUGAACUCAAAGGAGGGAUGCUACAGAGACCUGAAGGUUCAAGUGAAUGCAUCCUUCUGCAACCCCAAGACACGACCUGUCACAGGGCUGGUGCCCUGCAAGGUGUCAGCCUGUCCUCCCAGCUGGUCUGUAGGAAACUGGAGCAUGUGCAGUCGGACAUGUGGCGGGGGCACUCAGAGCAGGCCUGUGCAGUGCACACGGAGGGCACACUACCGUAAAGAGCCUAUCUCAGCCAGCCUGUGUCCACAGCCUGCACCCUCCAGCCGCCAAGCCUGCAGUUCUCAAAGCUGCCCACCUGCUUGGAGCACCGGGCCGUGGACAGAGUGCUCACGGACCUGUGGGAAGGGGUGGCGGAAGAGAGCAGUGGCCUGCAAGAGUACCAACCCCUCAGCCAGAGCCCGGCUGCUGCAUGACACCGCCUGCACUUCAGAACCCAAGCCAAGGACCCAGGAAGUGUGCCUGCUCAAGCGCUGCCACAAGCACAAGAAGCUGCAGUGGCUGGUGUCUGCUUGGUCUCAGUGCUCUGCGACAUGCGAGAGGGGUGCACAGCAGAGGGUUCUCAGGUGUGCCGAGAAGUACGUCUCUGGAAAGUACCGAGAGCUGGCCUCCAAGAAGUGCUUGCACCUGCCAAAGCCGGACCUGGAACUGGAACGUGCCUGUGGCCUGUUUCCCUGUCCCAAGCACCCUCCGUAUGCUGCUGCAGGCCCCCCAAGAGGCAGCUGGUUUGCCUCACCCUGGUCUCAGUGCACAGCCAGCUGUGGGGGUGGCGUGCAGAGGAGGACUGUGCAGUGUUUGCUGGGGGGACAGCCAGCCUCAGAUUGCAUCCUGCACCAGAAACCGGAGACCUCCUUGGCCUGCAACACCCAUUUCUGCCCUAUUGCAGAGAAGAGAGACACCUUCUGCAAAGACCUCUUCCACUGGUGCUACCUGGUUCCUCAGCACGGCAUGUGCAGUCACAGGUUCUACAGCAAGCAGUGCUGUGACACCUGCUCCUAGUCCAGUUUGUAAGCUGGGACCAGUCCCGGCAGACAGAAGAUGCCCCCGAGGACGGCGGAGAGAGGCCAGACCGGAGAGCUCUGCAGUAUGCAUUGGGAAGCAUCCGAGAACACGGGAGCUGGAAGAAGAAGGACUGUUGGGAUUUUGACCCAAAGUGCAUCCAUGUGUUUCUGAGUAUUGGAACACAUACCUGCACCCACAAAGACACGUUCUGUCCUGUCCUCCAGUUAGGUGGGAAAGUAGGGUCCUGCUGCUUGACCUCCUGCCCAUGGACGGGAGGGCCUGUGCUGUAGUUGGCAUGAAGCAACCUUCCCCCAUGUUUGCAUUCAGCCAAACCACGUGCCGGAGAUAGGCAUAACUUAGCAAAUGCUGGAUGUAUUUCUAAAAGGAGAAGGGCAAGUAAUCAGAAAAAUGUGCACAGCAUCUGCCAUCUAGCACACCGGCCUCCCUCCUGCCUCGGAGACCCCACUAUCAUCAUGAAAGUUCUGUGAACACUGAAGGGCACCUGGGAGAUAGCUCUCUCCUACCCCACUGGCUCCAGGAGCUGGUACUUGCUGGGGACUCUGACUUAGGAUUCACAUACUUGGAAAUGGAAAACCAAAAUUCCCACUAAGGUGCUUUCUGUACUUUCAAACCCUGGGCUGGGGGAGCAACUUUGAUACUUUGUUUUCUUUCUCAGUUAUUCACAGUGAGUUCUUAUUUCAAUCCAUUUUUCAGUGUUGUUCUGUUCUGUUUUAAAUGGGGGAUCAGAAGUACAGGUGACACUAAUAUCUAGGUGUCCCUGGAAAGGCAGGAUCCCCAGUAAUAGACAGAUGUCAGUCUAGUGGCUGAUGUGCUGGUAGUGUUAAGCCCUAGGCUGUGGUUUCUGUGUUGAGUGGUUUUAAAAUACAUUCCAUAGGUUUGAUUGCUUCUGAGCUGAGAGCAAAGGCCAAUGACCUUCAAAUGAAAGGCCUCGUGGCAACCCUCUACUCUACCCCCAUACCUCUCCCUGUCAUUAUUGGUGCUUCUUUCUGAUCUCCCCACCUAGGGCCUUCCAAAUAGGCUCCUAGAUAUUUAUAUUUGCUGAAAUUUUAUAAUAAAUUUUAUAUUGUAUGAUA